GUCCCGGGGGCCGCCGUCUGAGUCGGAGCGGGCGGGGGUCUCGGCGAGGGCCUUAGGGCUUCCGGGGCAUGCGGGGACCGAGGGCUAGACCCCGGGGCCGGGGCGACCGGGGCCUGACGGGCGUGCCUGGCCGGGGGCGGACUCGGGCUGCCGUGACGCGGGCGCCGAGUCGGGCCCGCGCCGGCGGGAGGCGGGUGCGAGGCGUCUCCUCCUCUUCGCGAACUCUGGGUGACCUUGGCCAAGUCACUUCAUCCCCUGAGCCAGCGCCUUGGUGACUAACAUGCAGAAACCCAUUCUCUGACUUGCUGACUGGCCCUCUAUUGACAUGGCCCACCGGGGUGGGGAGAGGGACUUUCAGACUUCAGCACGGCGCAUGGGCACGUCGCUGCUCUUCCAACUUUCAGUGCACGAGCGGGAGCUGGACCUGGUUUUCCUGGAUCAUAGCUAUGCCAAGCCAUGGAGUGCCCACCCAGAUGCCAGUAGUGCCCGUCCCACCCGCAUGCUCUUUGUUACUCCCCGGAGGCAGCACGAAAGUACCAUUGAAUCAGACGUCCCAGUAGAUGUGGAAACAGUCACGUCAACCCCUGUGCCACUCUACGACAAUCAGAAGGCACGCAGUGUGAUGAACGAAUGUGAACGGCAUGUCAUCUUUGCCAGGACAGAUGCAGAUGCUCCUCCGCCACCAGAGGACUGGGAGGAGCAUGUCAAUAGUUUCUCUUAUAGGACUGGCUGGACCAUGGCCCAGAACAAGCUAUUCAACAAGAUCCUCAAAGCCCUGCAGUCUGACCGGCUUGCCCGCUUGGCCAAUGAAGGGGCUUGCAAUGAGCCGGUGCUGCGCCGGGUUGCUGUGGACAAGUGUGCAAGGAGAGUGCGGCAGGCCCUGGCAAGUGUGAGCUGGGACACCAAGCUGAUCCAGUGGCUACACACCACCCUUGUGGAGACCUUGAGUCUGCCUAUGCUGGCGGCCUACCUGGAUGCUUUGCAGACGCUGAAAGGGAAGAUCCCUGCCUUGAUUGAUCGGAUGCUUGUGUCAUCCAACACGAAGACUGGGGCUGCAGGAGCUGAGGCCUUGUCUCUCCUGCUGAAGAGGCCCUGGGACCCUGCUGUGGGGGUGCUUUCUCAUAACAAACCAAGCAAACUCCCUGGCUCUCCUCUUAUUCUCAUUGCCUCCUCCGGGCCCUCCAGCUCUGCGUUCCCCACCUCACGCCGCCACCGCUUCUGGCAAUCCCAGCUCUCCUGCUUAGGCAAGGUUAUCCCUGUAGCCACCCAUCUGCUGAACAAUGGUAGUGGGGUGGGAGUUCUGCAGUGCCUGGAGCAUAUGAUUGGGGCGGUGAGAAGCAAAGUGCUCGAGAUUCACAGCCAUUUUCCCCACAAACCCAUUAUCUUGAUUGGCUGGAAUACAGGAGCUUUGGUGGCCUGUCAUGUGUCGGUGAUGGAGUAUGUCACUGCAGUGGUCUGCCUUGGGUUUCCUCUGCUUACCAUGGAUGGCCCCAGAGGGGAUGUGGAUGACCCCCUCUUGGAUAUGAAGACUCCAGUCCUCUUUGUCAUUGGACAGAAUUCUCUUCAGUGUCACCCCGAAGCCAUGGAGGACUUUCGGGAGAAGAUUCGGGCUGAGAACAGCUUGGUGGUGGUUGGGGGAGCUGAUGAUAAUCUCAGAAUAAGCAAAGCAAAGAAGAAAGCAGAGGGGUUGACUCAGAGCAUGGUGGACAGAUGUAUUCAGGAUGAAAUUGUGGACUUUCUGACUGGGGUGCUCACUCGCACCGAGGGGCACAUGGGCUCUGAACCUCGGGAUCAGGAUGCUGAGAAGAAAAAGAAGCCCCGGGAUGCGGCCCGCAGAGACCUGGCCUUUGAGAUUCCUGAGCGGGGCAGUCGACCAGCCUCACCAGCCGCCAAGCUGCCUGCCUCACCUUCAGGUUCAGAGGAUCUUUCCAGUGUGUCCAGCAGCCCUACCUCCAGUCCCAAGACCAAAGUAAGCACCGUGUCCUCUGCCCAGAAGGCCAGCCAGAUGGGGAGCUCUCAGCUGAUGAAGAGACAUGUACAGCGGACAGAAGCUGUGCUGACCCACAAACAGGCCCAAGCACAGUUUGCUGCUUUUCUGAAACAAAAUAUGCUGGUGAGGAAAGCUCUUCCUCCUGGCACCUCCUCCUGUCUCUUUGUUCCCAUUUCAUCAGAACCAACUGAGGAAGCAGAGAAAGAGGAUCUUAGGGUCCAGCUGAAGCGGCAUCAUCCCUCCAGUCCUCUUCCUGGCAGUAAGACCUCCAAGCGACCGAAGAUAAAAGUGUCUCUUGUCUCCCAAGGGGACACGGGUGGAGGGCCUUGUACUCCUUCCCAAGGAGGAGCUCCAGAAGCCCUGGGAGGGAAGCCCAUCACCAGGACGCUGGGGCAGGCUUCAGCAGGGGCCACGGAGCUCACAGGGCUUCUCACCACAACCAAGUCAAGUGCUUCUGAAGGCGGAGUCUCAGCCUCUUCCAUCUCCAGUAGUACCACACACUCCAGUGCCUUGCACACACUCCAGAGCCGCCUGGUGGCCACUUCUGCUGGUAGCUCCCUCCCAGGGGCCGCAUCAGCCAGCAGCCUCCUGCAAGGCCUCAGCUUCAGCUUGCAGGAUAUUGGCAGCAAGACCACUGGCCUCCCAGCAAAUCCCUCCCCAGGGCCAGCCCCACAGGCCGCCAGUGUGAAGUUGCCCACCCCCAUGCAGAGCCUGGGUGCUGUCACCACGGGCACCAGCACCAUUGUCCGUACCAUUCCUGUUGCCACCACUCUCUCCUCCUUGGGUGCCACUCCCUGUGGGAAGCCCACAGCCAUCCACCAGCUGCUGACCAAUGGGGGCCUGGCUAAGUUAGCAAGCAGCCUCCCUGGCCUGGCUCAGAUCUCUAAUCAAGCAUCAGGCUUGAAGGUCCCCACCACCAUUACUUUGACACUACGUGGCCAACCAAGCCGAAUCACCACGCUGAGCCCCAUGAGCUCUGGAGCAGCCCUGACAGAGGAGCCCACCUCCCAGGUGCUGCCCUCCAGCUCGCAGGUUGGUGAUGGCUGUCCCACGAUGAGCCCUGGACAUGUGCCGUCCUGCUGAGCUAUCCGUUUGUCUGAAGACCUCUUGAAGACAGUCAUUUUUGCCUCCCCACCAGUUGUCUUCAGGGCUGUGCCUCUGAGUCUUGUGAAACCAUUAGGCUGGGUGAUGUGGUGCCAACAAGGGGAGCACUGUCUUUCCAGCACUUACACAUCUGGUUCCCAGAGCCCCCAGGCUCCUCAAGUAUACAAGUAUAUGUGGCCGGGCAUGGAUCAGAAGCACUUCUUCCCCAGCCUUAGCUGUGACUUGAUCCUGGUUGCAGUGCUAGACACCUCACCGCGUUUGAUAAAGAAGUUCCUUUUGGAAGUCUGUGCUGCCUCCAUGCUAAGUUGGGAGGGGACAUCUGCAUGGUCUGGAUCUGUGGGAGUUAGGAUUGAGAGCCUUUGCAGAGGACUGAGAUCAUCCUGGCCCACCAGACCAUUGUUUGCUACCAGAAGGGUUGUUUUGAACAUCACUGUUGCCUUCUCUGAGCAGCCAUGGGAGAGUGUUUUCCAUGCAGCUCCCUUUUAGGAACUGCAUCAGGUACUGAAUAGCCUACAGAGACCUGGGAACUCCUAAUCUCAAACCCAUGAUAAGGCAAAGGGAACAAGGCUGUGUCACCUUUCAGGCCCUUUAGCCCCUGCGGAUGUUGGGUAACAGCAGUUACCAGGAGGUAAAUAGCCAGACUGUUUUCAUCACUCUUUGGGCAACUCUGUAUCCAGAAAGCCAGGAGAUCCAGAAAGGCUGAGAAUAGGAUGGAACAAACGAAGUGGCUUGAAGUGCCAGUUAAGUCUUGCUGUGAAAACAGUUUGGGCUUGAGGCUUUGCAUCUCACACCUGAGGAGCUGUUGAUUCAGUUGGAGGUGAGAAGAAGGUAUGUCAAUUAGAGGGAAGAAACUUCAACCCCUAAAAUUUUAUCUCCAGGGCUUGGAAGUAGAACACAGAUACCCAGUUAAGUUAAUAUCUUGGCUAUCCCAGGAAGUUUAGGCAUCAAGACAACGAAUGCCAUGCUUUGGUAUUUCUAUUUCCAUCCCAUAUGACUGUUUUGUCUUCUUGGUUAGAAAAAGGGAGAUUAUUGGCCCAGACUCCACUGUGCAGGGCUCUUGGUGCCAGCCUCAACCCUGGAGAAGUGAUUGCUGGAUAUGAGCUCUGACCCCUCUUUACUUCCUCACAUUACUUGUGUGCAGAGGUAGUUUUAGAUUUGGCUUAGUACCUAUCUUUCAGAGUAGGCUUCCUUCUCUUCCAGAGCCUAGAAUAUUUCCAGCCAAGGUAAUAAAUAAGGCAACUCAAAUGUAACUCUUUGGUAUCUGUAGUCAGGGAGGGGCCACAGCAUGCCAUGGCUGGCAUUGUGGUCUAGGGUCCUGACCCAUGGUGCAGCAUAUAUCCUAAUCAGGCCACCUGAGUUCAGUCCAGAAGCCUCACCUGCUAGUCUGAGUGACAACCACAAGGGGGAGUGUCCAGUGUGCAGGAGUCUCAGACAAGGCAGACAGUGCUGCAGAUGGGGCUGGGGGGUAUAUGUGAAGAGUGGAGAGUGCAUCUUAAACAUAUAUCCUCCCUCCCUGGCCUCCUGCACAGCUGGUCUCAGCAGUGAUUCACACAGGUAGGCUGCAUUCUUGCAUUAGCUGAUAGGUAAUUGCUUUCUGAAACUCAGGAGGCAUUUAUUAAGUUUGAGAGAUACCAAAGCUACAGAGACAUCCAUGGGUCAGGGGUUUAAUAACUUCAUAGGUAUAAUGGUAGUGCACCAACAGGAACUGAGGACAGUAAGGCUAUGUGAGACUAUGAAGCUUUUAGCAAUCAUUUAGGACAGACAGAGGGUCCUGAACAACCCAUUCAUGACUUAGUGCAGCCUUGACAACACUGCUCCUGAAAAAUGCUGGCCCAGUGUGUGCUUGGGCCAGAGGAAAAACUGACACAUUGGCCUAUGUUUGUAAAUCCUGGUGUGCUUCCCAUGGUUGACUUCCUGAGGCUUGGGUUACACACUGUGAAGAAUGCCCAAGCUAGAGAAGCAUUGUUGCGAGGACAUUAAUUCUUCCUUAUUUUGGAGGGAUGGGCUGAAGGGGGAAGUGGUUGAAGUUACAGUCAUGUUCCCCAGUUCCACACUUCUCCAACCAUACUUCUUGAAAUGUAAAACGAGGUUUUCCUUUACCUAUAACAUACAGGACCUGGAGUUCGUAACCUCAGGUUAUACUAUUAGCCCAAACUGGAAGGAUCGAGAAGGUUUUAGUUAAAUUGUGGAUGACAGGUGCAUGUUGAUGCACUAUGGAAGAUGUCCUUGUGCUUUGAGUAGAGGUCACUGAUGAAGACCUGUGUAUUCUUCUUGGUCCUGCAUGUCAUUCUAUGUCAUCUUAUCCCUUUAACCAUAAUCAAGAUGCAGAACUAUUCCAUUACCAUGAAGACCUCCCCCACAAUGCCCCUUUAUAGUCAAACCCAUCCACUCCCCCCUCACCAUUUCUAACCUGUAGGAGCCUCUAAUCAUUUCUACAUCUCUGUGUAUAGAAUGAUAUAUAAAUAGAUUCUUACAAUACAUGACCUUUGGAGGUUGGCUCUUUUCCACUCAGCAUAAUUUCCCUGAUGUCUGACCAAGUUAUGUGUAUCAGUUCAUCUCUUUACUGCCGAGUAUGAAUGUUCCAUGGUAUGGAUAUAUGACAGAUUCUGUAGCUGUUCAUCUAUUGAGGGAUGCCUUAAUUGUUUAACAUUUUGGGCUAUUACAAAUAAAACUGCUCUGAGCAAUUUUAAACUAA